AUGUUCAAACCUGCUCUCCUCUCCCUUCUAGCCCUUCUUCCAUUCGUUUCUACCUCUCGUGUUACCAAGCUCAAGCUUAACAAGCUUGCGCCUUCCCAGAGCAACCCAGAGCUUGAGGCUGCCUAUUUGGCGGACAAGUAUGGCCAGGUUCCUCUAAUGGGCACUGGUGGAUCUGGUCGUCGCAUAGAGCGACCGACGCAUAAUGGGGAAGAGCCACUUUUCUGGACUCAAGAACAGCUCAAGGGUGGCCACAACGUUCCUCUUAGCAAUUUCAUGAACGCACAAUACUUUGCCGACAUCACCAUUGGCACUCCUCCGCAGUCAUUCAAGGUUGUCCUCGAUACCGGCUCUUCCAACCUGUGGGUUCCCAGCACCCAAUGCACCUCUAUCGCUUGCUUCCUACACACCAAAUACGACUCAAAGUCCUCCUCCACGUAUGCCAAGAACGGUUCAGCGUUCUCAAUCCAAUACGGUACCGGUUCUAUGGAAGGCUUCGUUUCCAACGACGUUCUGUCUAUUGGUGACAUCAAGAUCCCCAAGCAAGAUUUCGCUGAAGCGACCAAGGAGCCCGGUCUUGUAUUCGCAUUUGCCAAGUUCGAUGGAAUUUUGGGACUCGGCUACGACACCAUUAGCGUCAACCACAUCACCCCUCCGUUUUACAGCAUGAUCAAUGCCAAACUGAUCGAUUCGCCCGUUUUUUCGUUCCGUCUUGGUUCAUCUGAAGAGGAUGGAGGAGAAGCUGUCUUUGGCGGCAUUGACCCUACUGCCUAUACGGGCGACAUCUCCUACGUUCCUGUCCGUCGCAAGGCUUACUGGGAAGUUGAACUGGAGAAAAUUAAGUUCGGCGAUGACGAGUUGGAACUCGAGAACACUGGCGCUGCUAUUGACACUGGUACUUCUCUGAUCGCUCUCCCUACCGACAUCGCAGAAAUGCUCAAUGCGCAAAUCGGGGCAACCAAGUCUUGGAAUGGUCAAUACCAGGUCGACUGUGCCAAAGUCCCCUCUCUUCCUGAACUUUCUUUCUAUUUCGGUGGCAAGCCGUACCCGCUCAAGGGCUCGGACUACAUCCUCGAAGUUUCAGGCACUUGCGUAUCCUCUUUCACUGGAAUGGACAUCAAUUUGCCCGGUGGCUCUCUUUGGAUCGUUGGGGACGUUUUCCUUCGCAAAUACUUCACCGUCUAUGACCUUGGUAGAAACGCUGUCGGUUUUGCUACGUCUGCAGUUGCCGUUUUAGGCGAGGAUGGUUCUGGCCACAGUGGAUGUGUAAACGCGCUCAGCUGGGCUCGCGAUGGGGAGCUUCUGUUGAGUGGGAGUGACGAUAGGACCAUUCAAAUCUGGGCAAUGGACUCGUCACUUGAAGCCGACUACCCUUUCGCGGUCCGCUCCGUAAUCUACACUCAACAUACGGCCAAUAUCUUCAAUGUCCAUCUCCUCCCCCACUCCAACAGCAUAGCCUCUGUUGCUGGCGACGGCGAGGUUCAAGUCCACGAUAUGGGUGGAGUACAUUCGUGUACCCACAGAUUGCGGUGUCAUGCAGACCGAACCAAACGAGUCGUUACAGAGGAUAGUCCCCAUCUCUUUCUGACCGUCUCCGAGGACGGCUCCGUUCGCCAGCAUGAUCUACGGAAUAAACACAAUUGCCAGUCUGGCUCUUGUCCUCCCCCGUUGCUUAAGAUGCAUCUCGAGCUCUCAACUAUCUCUAUGUCUACUCUGACGCCGUAUCAAUUCGUCGUCGCUGGAGAGUCAGAAUUUGGGUACCUUUUCGAUCGCCGACAGGCUGGUCGAUUCCUACGUGAAGAGUGGGGGAUGGUUGAGAACGGGAUGACCCAUUGUGUUCGUCGAUUUGGUCGGCCCACCAGGAGUAAUGCCUCAGCUCAAGAUUUCAUGGGAAGGGAGCAUAUCACAGGCUCAAGAAUGUCUGCAGAAAAUGGACACGAAGUUCUGUUGUCAUAUAGUGCCGAUGCGGUCUACUCGUACUCGACAUUGGAUGAACCUCAAAAGGAAGAAGACAUGGCAAAACCUUCCACGCCAUUAUCUGACGGAGAAGAAGAAGGGACGCCUACACCCCCCGACUCAUAUGGCGGCGUCCCUUUGAUAAUGCCUCGCACGCGAUACAGCGGGGCCAGAAACAUCCAAACCAUCAAGGACGUCAACUUCCUUGGACCCCGAGACGAAUUUGUAGUCUCUGGGUCGGAUUGUGGGAAUCUAUUCAUUUGGGAGAAGGAUUCCGGCCAAUUGCAUGCCUUACUUGAGGGCGAUAGCACUGUGGUGAACGUCAUCGAAGGCCAUCCCCACUUGCCGCUGUUUGCUUGUAGCGGUAUUGACGAGACGAUCAAGCUUUUUGCUCCAGUUUCAAGCGAGCCGAAAUUCUCUCGCAUAGAUCAAGCAGAGGAGAUCAUAGCAGCCAACGAAAGACCAAGGCUGGGCUUCCAACGCCUGUCGAGACAUCAUUUUACAGCUUUGCUGGCAAGCAUUCAGGUUGACGAUGAGAGUUCUCAGUGCAACCACCAGUAA